AAUCGGGGGCUCCGAUUUCACUACCUCCUAUGGUAGGCGUAUACGUAUAUAUGCCUUGUGUUGCUUGCAAUAAUGGGAUCUUGUUUUGGCUUUCCUAGCUAACUGCCCAAUUUUAUGAGGUGGCAGGCCAAAUAAGUGUGGGGCUGACUGGCUUCUAAGCAUGACAGCAGUUCUCGUUUCGAUACAGCACGCAGCGGUACGCAACAGCUCAACCGCAACAACCAUUUCCAACCAACGUCUCCCGACGCAACCACAUCAUAAUGGGCGGCGGCGGAAAGAUCCCCUACCCCAAGCACGUCUGGUCGCCGGCCGGUGGUUGGUAUGCGCAGCCAGCCAACUGGAAGGCCAACACGGCCAUCUUCGGCGUCGUCAUCUUCGGCAUCACCGCCCUCGUCUGGAACCUGAGCGCCGAGAGGGAAUACCGCCACAAGAUGCCUGAGCCCGGCCGUUUCUACCCCAGCAGAAAUUGGAGCAAGCAGAUCAUUGAGCACGAGCGCGCGCAAGAGCAGGCGGCAAAGGCAAAGCAACAGGAGGAGUCAUGAUUGCGGUUUGGGAAUGGGACUGUUCACUUAUUCUGUACGUGAUGGAAUAGAUGGGAUUGCGGCACAUUUAUUGCGUGUGCAUGGGCCGUAUUUGUCCAUCGCGACCAAUGC